AUAUUGCUACUUGUACAAAAUGGACCUAUCCUUUAACUAAACGUGAUUCUACUAUGGAUGGAGGUGUUGAAUUUCAGGGUGAUGUUAUUAGAUUAAUGAAUAAAUAUGGUGUUAAUAUUCGAAUAGCUAAUUCUAAAGAAAGUAUGGGCAUUGUUGAAAG